GAGAAGUAAUAUCACAAAAAAAAACAUUUAUCUUUUUAGUUUUCAUGGUUUUUCAUUUUCAAUUAAAUUUUUCCUACUUUUUUCUUUAGUUCCUUGUGCAGGCUUUUAUAAAUUAAAUUAUCUUAGAAAGUUUUUGCUUGUCUCUGAUACACAUUCGCAAUAUUGACAGAAACUUGCUGUAAAAAUAAUUUUGUUUACUUCCAUGCAUGACGUAUUACUACACUGCCUCAUAAAAUGGCAAAGUUGUGUUUUGCUAACUUAAUGAUGUGAAAGUGAAAUCUUAAAAUGGCUUCAAAGGUUGACUGUCAAAAAUAUGACGAUAAGUUUCGUGAUCUAGGAAUUAAAGUAGAGGACAAUAUUGGCGAGCUCCAAGUAGUUGAACGCAGUGACAGUGAAUAUAGUGACGAUGACGAUAAAGCCAUUGAUAUUAAGUCUACCACAAACCAAACUAUUGGAAAACUAUCAGACUUGGUGCCUGGUUUGAUCACGUCAAAAGUUCCUGUUGUACAAAACAGUAACAAUAUUAGUAAUUCGGAAAAUGUUCAUAUUGGUGAUAAGACUAUCAUCCAUGGCUCAGUCAUUAUAAAACAAGUAAUAAAGAGGAAGGGCAUUGACAAUAGUUCAUACACUGAAACUGAAAAUGAAAACAGACCAAGUACAACUUUUCCUCCCAAAACAGUGUAUGAAGUGAAAUCUAACACAAUAUUCGAUGUGUCAUCAUGGCAUAAAGUGAUACUUUCAAUCACCAGUGCCAUCAUUAUAGGUAUAGUUAUAUGUGCACUGACAUUCAUUAUACUGAGCCACAGCCAGGAUGACAGAUCUCACUCUGAUGAUACCGAGUCUUCUGGAAAAGAGUCAAGCUAUACGAAGGUGGUGGUAGUAUAUGAAAAUUUAAAAAUUAUGUUUACAAUCAUUGUGAUGCCAAUAACAAUAUUGUUUAUAUUAUAUUCACUACUAACCUGGAAAGUUUUGGACGGUGAUAAGAAAACUCGAAAACGUGGCGGUUUUCAACAUUGUAUCUUAGAUUAUCCGCAGGGUGAUUUUAAUUCCAGCACUGAAAAGCCUAUAAUUAAAGAUGAUCCAUUGCUUAUAGCACCUAAUCACCUUAGGAUAGUGUCGAGGACAGAUUGGCUGGCACAGCCUGUAGAAAAUGAACUAGAUAAAAUAAAACAGCCGGUCCCAUGGGUAGUAAUAACACAUACCGCGACAGAGGGUUGUUAUAAUCAAAGUCAAUGCGUGCUGCGAGUUAGACUCAUACAGAUGUUUCACGUGGAAGCUAAGCAAUGGGACGACAUCUCCUACAACUUUCUGGUGGCCGGUGAUGGGUCUGCGUACCACGGCCGCGGGUGGGACUUCGUAGGUGCGCACACCCUCGGCUACAAUAGGUACAGCAUAGGUAUAGCUUUCAUAGGGACAUUCAACACUGUAUCUCCGCCGCAGAAACAAAUCGAGGCCUGUCAGAAGUUGAUCAAGUUAGGAGUGCAGCUGGGAAAGAUCAGGAAGGAUUACAAACUGUUCGCUCACAGACAGCUGGCUUCCACCCUCAGCCCGGGUGACAAAUUAUACGAAAUUAUAAAGAAGUGGCCCCAUUUUGUGAAGGAAGGCACGAACAUUGAUGACUUGACACCUAAACAUUAUUGAUGUCGUUUUUGUAUAUUAUCUUCAUAAAAUUUAUUUCGUCAUAUUGACUCGUCUUUAAAUAUUUCAUAUUAGCUUAAAAUAAACGGGUUACCGUUUUGGUUACGGAUAUAAUGAAAUAUAAUAGGUAAUGGCAUAAAAUCAAAGAUUUGACAAAUGUUCAUAUUUUAUGUAUUGUAUGGCAUUUUAAGUUGCGUGGCACUUAAAUGAUAUCUAAGGUUAUUAUAGUAAGAUGUGUAAUUAUUUUUAAUGUUUUAUGUAUUUAUACACAGUAUUGUCGUUUAUUAAUACUUAUUAUAUAUAUAUGGUUAUACAAUUAUUUACAAAUUAUAUGUAUUUAUAUAUCUACCAAAAAUGGAACGUAAGCUCUAGUCAUCUCUUCUGAUUUGCGGGUAAUACCCGCCAGGAGUUGUGGCCUGAAAUGAAAUGACAUCACAGCAUUGUGUAAAAUUAUAAUAUAAAUUUAUUUUAAUGCAAAUGAUGUUCGUAGAAAUUAAUCGCAAUGAAAUGAAUCACAACAUUGUUACCUGUUUUUUUUUCAACUUAUUUGGCAAUCUUCUGCGGUAUAAAAAAACGCAUUAUAAACGAGUGAGGAUUAGAAAGUGGUUCUAUGUUCUUUUGUUUUCAGAAAAUGUUAUGCUAUACCAUGCGAAAUAAUUAGCAUUUCAUUUACAAAAUAAUUUAAAUAAAAAAAAAAUUAUAACUACUUAAUAUAUAAAUAAUUUCCGAUGCUUAUGAUUUGGUUCAUACUUAAAACAUAAUGCAAAGCAUUUUUACUGUAUUGUAGUUAAUAUAAUAUCAAUAUAAAUAUCUUGUACGAUUAAAUUUAUAAAUUUGCGGAGUUAUAAAAUGGUCACUUUUAAACUACCUCAAAGAAAGGUUUUUACCAAAUUUUACCAAGUAUGAUGAAUCAUUACAUUUUAAUCCGUGACCAGUAAAUACAUUUAAUUAUAAACAAGAGUUCUAACUUAAGGUAAUGCAUACAUAUCUGUGUUACUGAGAAUGUCUGAAAUAAAUGAUUGUCAAGAUGUACACCAUCACUAAUUUGCGGCAAAAUGCAGUGUAGGUCCAGAAUUGUCACAUAAUUUUCUUUUAUCUAUCUAACAUACACUGGUGAAGAUGAACAUUCAACACUUGUGUUUGAUCUUAAAGGAAACACUCUUUUCGGUUACUUAAAAAGGUUACGUUGGAAUUGUGACCAAAAUCAAAGCACUUACUGAGCGAUCAAAGCGAGCAGACCGCGCGGUAGCGGCUCUAGUAAAGCUUAAAAAAAUAGCUUGUUUACAUAUCUUCAAAUAAAAAACCCUAGCUCGCUCAUAAUAAACUUACAUCAACUCGUUGCGGUAUAUUAUAACUAAACUUUUAAAAUUGUUACAAAGAAUAAAUAACGAUCAAUCAUCAUGCUUAAUAGAUAUUGACAUACACAGGUGUAUUUUAACAUAUUAUACUGUACUUCUGAUAUUUCCAGUAACAUAAUAAUUAUAAAUAUAUUUAAAAAUUGCAAUUGCGCACAAUUUUUUGAUCUCCAUGAUAUUUUUAAGUUACCAUUUUGCUCAUUUCCAUACCAUAUGAUAAAUAUUAUGUAUAAAAAUAUUGUAAGUAUAUGAGAUUUCAUUGAUGAUUGUGUUAAUUGCAUUUAAAUGUAUACCUUAUUUGUUGUAUUUUUUGUGUUUUUUUUGUCUGUUGUCAUCGUCAUAGCAGCGGCUCUAUAAUUAUUUUUUAUGUAAUACUAUUUCAAAAGUAGUAUUUAUGUGCUAAGUCUCGGGUGCUUUUAAUUUGUUCUCGUUGCCUAAUAUAGUUUCUAAGUUAUAAUAUUAUAUAAUUAUAAUAUUGAAUAGUUUAUAACAAUUUACUUAGUAUGUUAUUUUUGAUAUUCAAGGAGUAGCAUUCGUUAAGCCGUUGAUUUAGAAUUAACAAAAAGUGACUGGGAACAGAUUAAAAUUAUUAAUAAAAUAAAAUAAAUAAAUACUUCCAACACUCAUACCAAUUAGCCUAGCCGCAAAGUAAGCACUGUAGGCUUGUGUUAUGGGAUACUAGGGUAAGGGAUAGAAUAUAUAUAUACUGAUACAUAUACAAGUAUAUUUAUAAAGAUAUUUUCUAUAUAAAUAAACUUAUAUUUGUACAUAUUUAACAUCCAUGACUGGAGUACAGAAGCUCGUAUUCAUCACACAACCAUCCGCUCCCACCGGGAUUCUAACCCGGGACCUCUCGUGUUGGCGACACCAUGAAACCCGGCGUUCAUACUACUCGGCCACGGAGGUCGUCGAUUAAAUGUUUUAAAGCAAUAGCAGUUCUUAUUAAUCAUAUUUUUUAUUUAAUAUGUGUUUGUAUUUUCCACGUGUUUUGGACGUGUACAAUUUAGACGCGAUGAUGGUAUUCGAUGGUCGUUUUGUUAAGAGCGCACGUAUUAUUUAACCAUUGCUGUUAAUGUAAAUCAGUUUAGAAAUAGUAGUACUCUGUAAGGCAGCAAUGUGCGUAGUUAUGAUACCGUAAUGUAACAAACGGUUCUUAGUCGAAUGGAAUACAUGGUUUACAAAAUAUUGUGUGUUGUUUUCCCUCGAGUAUACUGUACCGUAAAACUCAUGACAUAGAAUCACACUUUUAAGCUGGUAGGUUAAAGUAGUGAAGCGUAGCAUGUAAUGUAGGUGCUGUUUACCCAAUCAAACAUCUUGAGCAUAAACCAUUGACAAUGAAACCCUUUUACAUAUAAAUAAUGUCUACUGCGCAAGCUUGUUCGUUUAUGGUUUUACUCAAAAAGUUUGCCGCUACCUAUAUUAUUUUAUUUUUAUUAAUUGAUCUAACAAAAAAAGGCCUUUACGUUGGUUUAUUUAUAGUCUAUUAGUUUUUUAUACUUGUCAUAAAAAUUAUGUUACUAAAAAGAUUAUUUUAUAGGUAUUAUUUACGUGUCUUCCUAAAUCUUGAAUUCGUAAUGAAAAUUGUGGAGAUUAAUAUAAUUACAUAAACUAUGGGUUAGAAGAUUUGUAAAUAAAGUUAGUUGAAGCUGGAGAACUUUCAGUUUUUUUUGUUUUUUUUGUGACGACAGCAUGUAAAAGCUGACGGCGGCACACAGAAACGCCAUUGAAAGUAAAUGAUUCUCUAAGUGUCUAGUUUUCUUACCACUUUAGAGAGAGGGAGAGUGUGGCAGCAUCGACUUUUAAUUAUACAUUAUUUAUGUCCCUAGGGUCACACGCAGCAAUUUUCAUAUCCAAGUUAAUCCAGUUGGAUAUAUAAAUUUGUGUUUGUCUCCCUGAAGUCAACGGCUAUACCUAAAGUGAAGUUCAAACAUGACUUUGAGUUAGUUUCAUUUAGAACUUUCAAGCAAAUUUAUCUACCGCUGCAGGUGGAGGACAAAUGAACUUAAUACGCGCUUUUAUUAUUAUAUUUCUAUAGCAAAGAAAGUGGCAGCAUCAGUUUAAAAGAUAUUUGUGUGGCCGUCAGUUUUAUUGAGUUAAUUUAAAGGAAUUAAUAUAACAACAUACCAAAUUGUUAACUCCAACGAAUUAAAAAUAAUAUAAAAGCAUUACUCUCUAACAAAGGCUGCUAAAACAUGGUUUAAAACUCAUACCACUAAACCUCAGUACUGAUGCGACACGCAGACAGUCAAGACAAAAUACUUUGACAAAUCAAAUAUCUGUAAAUGGAUUCGGCUACCUAUUUAUUGGGUAAGAUAAUGUUAAACGGAAAUCCCAACCAAGCCCAUGAUCGGCGUGUUGAUCGUUUAUUUUUGGCCCCGCCCUUGACUUGAUUGCAGUUUGCGUGGAACUUUUUAGCGCAGUUCGUAUUACAUAUUAUUUCUAAUUCGUUGGUUUAAAAAGCAACAACUCUUAUUUUAUAUUCCAUUCCGAUGAAGUAGAAAAAGAAAUUCCAAAAAAUUAUAUAUUUUUUUUAUAAGUAAGCAUCUAUGUACUUACUUUAUUUAAUUAAAAGUCAGUUUAGCGAUAAAAAGUUGUAUUUAGUAUCAAAAUCUUAAAAGCAAGGCAAAUAAUGCGAUAACACUUGGUCAUUAGCCCGAAUACGAGUGAAUAUGAGUGCCAAUGGAAUUAGGGUAAACGAAUAAGUGUAAAUGAACCGAGUCGAUAACGUCCGUAUUCGGGUAGAUUUCCUUUUGUUUAUCCGGCACCGUCUAUCAGCCCGCAUUCCAGUGUAAAUAUUGCUUCGUGUGUCCGAAUUCGAUUAAUGUCUUUCGUGCGCCCCAAUACGGGUUAACGACCAAAUCUAAAUGCGCCAUAAAUAUUGCUUCGGGUGCCCGAAUUCGAGUCAUGUCUUUCGUGCACCCGAAUACGGACGAACUAAAUGCAAUGACCACCUUGUCAUCUCAUAAUUUCAUGAAGUUAACUGUACAGUGUUUCCACUUCCCAAUUGAACAAUUAAGAUUUCAUAGUAUAGGACUUUGGCUAAUAUUUUUAAUCGGAAGUUCUUCCGCUUAAAUCUUAUUUAAAUAGGUAAGCUCUUUCAUCAUUCGUCUUUGUUGGUUUGGCUAAACUAAUAGUCUCAGAUAAUAAGCCACUGCCCUAGGGCAUAGCGUGAUGUGUUAAGGCGGCUUAGCGUCAGCUCACACCGAAACGCGACGCGACGCUGCACGCUGCACAGAGCGACUCAAAACAUAACUUAAUUUACUUCGCGAAAAGAUACACAUUUCAUGGUUUGAAUUUUCAGAUUAUGCGUUGUGCAAUGUAUUCUGAAUUCGAACAAUGAAAUGUGUAUCUUUUCGCGUAGUAAAUAAAGUUAUGUUUUGAGUCGCUCUGUGCAGCGUGCAGCGUCGCGACGCGUUUCGGUGUGAGCUGACGCUUAGGGUGUUACUAGAUCGGUCAACGCCGAUCGAAGUUGAUCGACCUGUUUGGUAGCUAUAAUUGAUGUAGAAACUCCGUCGGUCGACGAUCGAUCGUUUGAUCUGCUAACACCCUUAAGCCAAGUAGUGAUGGAAAUCUACUCCCAAAUGCGACGGAAGUCCGCCGAAUAAAGUCAAUUAUAUAACCAGCAGUAAAGAAUUGGUAUUCUAGUGAUCAGUCUAUGUUUCCUUUAGUUGUGUCACUUUUGAGCUCUACAACUUUUAUAAAAUUUAAUUGAGUUGAUAAUUUAAUCUUGUCUAAACAAUAUGAAUUAUUAUGCGCAUCAUAAUCAUGCCAAUUGUUUCCAAUUCAUUAUAGAUUGGUCAUUACUCUGUUAUAUUUAUGCAACGCUUUCUUCCGGCCUCCUAAUAAAGAAUGAAUUUAGCCACUCGUCGAUCAUCUUCUCUUUUUCUUUCAAGUUGAGUGCACUCAAAGUUUCAUUAAUAAUUUAAAUGUAAAUUAUAUAUUACAAUAUUAUGUAUUUUGUACGCAAUUAGCUAAAUAUUAUUUAUCUUACUUUCCUUAACCGGAACUUUAAAACUUCUCUUAAAAAUUCUUAAACAGUUAGCCUAUUGCCAAUAUUAAAACAUUUAAUGUCAUAAUAAAAAAAACCAUAACCAAACGGGUGUUAUAAUGUUGUACUAAAUUUCAUAAUAAUUACUUCUUCGCUUUUUAAAUUCCUUCUGCGCUAAUGGCUCCCACACAAUACUAUGAUGCGAUGCGAUACGACGUCGCAUUGCAGGAACUUUCGAUGCUAAUUGCUGUGAUUUGAUUUCGUGCGGCAAAGCUUUGGUUAAGGUGACCAUACCUUCAGCCGUAUAGGACGUGUUUUUAUAAUAGUGAUAUGGAUCGCAAAAAAUUGUUGCACUGCUAUUAUUGUUAAAUAGAUAAAGGAGAAAAAGAAAAUUUAAGUUCCUU